AUGAGCUCCCGGUAUCCUUCAUUCAAUAUCUCCUGGAUGAUUCCGGUCCUUUCCUCCUUCCACUUUCCAUUUCCAAUUCCGAUGCAUUACCCAACAGAAUCCACAAUUCCGAAGACCAACAAGACUACAUUAUAUCCCAAGAACAAGAAUCCGAUGACGAAUCAGAACAACCACCACCACCACCUUCAUUCCCGGAAUUGGAAUCACAAAUCAACGAAUCAAUCAAAACACUCGGCGGUGCCAUCUUCCCUAAACUCAACUGGACCUCCCCUAAAGACUCUGCUUGGAUCAGCUCAACCGGGACCCUCAAAUGCACCUCGUUUACCGAAAUCGCCCUUUUGCUUAAAUCAUCCGAUUCAUUGGUCCACGAUCUUUGCCAUGCUUAUGAUUUGUGUAAUGACUGUAAUGCCCCUAGACCUGAUCGUUUCUUCCUUGCCCUUCGGAAAUGGUACCCGUCUCUCCACCCGGAAAUGGAAUUCCGUUGCUUCGUCCGGGAAUCGCAUCCUGGUCGGAAUCUCGCAACGAGAAGUCACGGGGUUUUACCCGAUUCUGAUCGAAAAGAAACAUGAGUUGGAAACGGGAAUCAAGAAAUUUUAUACUGAGAAUGUGAGAAUGAGAUUUGAGUCGGAAAGUUACACGUUUGAUGUGUAUGUGAGAACGGAUGGGGAGGUUAAGCUUUUGGAUUUUAACCCGUGGUGUGAGGUUACAUUGCCGUUGUUGUUUACAUGGCCGGAAUUGGAAUCGGAAUCGGAAUCGGAAUCGGUGAGAGGGGGAAUGGAAUUUAGAAUGGUGGAGAGUGAGUGUGGAGUGAGGCCGGGUUUGAAGACAGCGGUUCCAUAUGAUUAUUUGGAUACAAGUGAAGGAAGUGGUUGGGAUCAGUUUCUUAGAAAUGCUGAUCACGACUUGAGGCGACAAACCAGGUAACAAGAGCUUCAACUGGAUGUGUUUUUGAAGUGAAAUUAUGAAAGGAUCACUAAAAUGCCUACAAUUUUGAUUUUUAUCUCGUACACCAGGAAUUCUGAUCCGCAAAAUUUGUUGUCUCUAAUAAAAUAAAUAUAAUUACCAC